CCGGCCGGUAGCCGGCAAGUCGCGCCGCUUUCAGCACCGGACCCGUUGUCCACGUCAGCCGCAGCAGCAACUUUACUACCCCCCCGCGUCGUGGGACACGCGCACACCACACUUCAGGAACUGUUAGCACCGAUCAAAAGAAGGUGGCUCAGCUGUGCGCAGCCUAGACAAUGUCCGAAGAUUCUGACUCUAUAUCAGAGGAAGAAAGAAGUUUGUUCCGUCCGUUCACGCGGGAGUCCCUGGCAGCGAUCGAGUCUCGCAUCGCCGAGGAAGAGGCUAGGCAGAAGGAGCUUCAGCAGAGAAGAGCGGAAGGCGAGGUACGGUAUGACGACGAGGACGAGGACGAAGGUCCUCAGCCGGAUCCAAUGUUUGAGCAGGGAGCGCCGAUCCCGGUCCGACUGCACAACGAAUUUCCACCCGAGUUGGCCUCCACACCUCUCGAGGAUAUUGAUACCUUCUACCACAAUCAAAGGACCUUCGUCGUCAUUAGCAAGGGAAAGGAUAUAUACAGAUUCUCAGCGACGGACGCGAUGUGGAUGCUCGACCCGUUCAACCCUAUACGGCGCGUGGCCAUCUACAUAUUGGUUCACCAGUUCUUUUCUCUCUUCAUCAUCACUACAAUAUUGGUUAACUGUAUACUCAUGAUCAUGCCCACCACGCCCACCAUCGAGUCCACCGAAGUGAUAUUUACGGGCAUCUACACAUUUGAGUCCGCCGUUAAGGUGAUGGCGAGGGGUUUCAUUCUGCAGCCUUUUACCUAUCUUAGAGAUGCAUGGAAUUGGCUUGACUUCGUAGUUAUAACUUUAGCUUAUGUGACGAUGGGCAUAGAUCUAGGCAACCUUGCCGCUCUCAGGACAUUUCGAGUCCUCCGAGCCUUGAAGACUGUCGCUAUUGUACCAGGUCUGAAAACCAUUGUCGGCGCUGUGAUAGAAUCCGUGAAGAACCUGCGCGAUGUGAUAAUCCUGACGAUGUUCUCCCUCUCCGUCUUUGCGCUGAUGGGCCUUCAGAUUUACAUGGGGGUCCUCACGCAAAAGUGUAUAAAGAACUUUCCUGACGACGGCUCCUGGGGCAAUCUCACCCACGAGAGUUGGGCGCGAUUCAACAAAAACGAAACUAAUUGGUACAUGGACGAGGCUAAAAAUAUACCCUUAUGCGGGAAUUCGUCGGGGGCGGGGCAGUGCCUUCCCGGGUACACGUGUUUACAAGGAUUCGGCUCUAAUCCGAAUUACGGUUACACGAGCUUCGACACUUUCGGUUGGGCAUUGCUCUCCGCCUUUCGUCUCAUGACUCAGGAUUAUUGGGAGAAUCUGUAUCAACUGGUGCUAAGAUCGGCCGGACCGUGGCACAUGCUCUUCUUCAUCGUUAUCAUCUUCCUCGGGUCCUUCUAUCUCGUGAACUUGAUCCUCGCUAUUGUCGCGAUGUCGUACGACGAGUUGCAGAAGAAGGCCGAAGAGGAGGAGGCCGCCGAGGAAGAAGCUAUGAGGGAAGCCGAGGAAGCGGCGAUAGCGAAGCAGAACAAGCUCGAGGCGCAGGCUGCAGCGCGGGAAGCUGCGGCCGCAGCGGCGGUCGCCGCCGUGGAAGCUGCGGAUCAGAUCGUCAAGUCCCCGUCGGAUUUCUCGUGUCACAGCUACGAGCUGUUCGUCGGCCAGGAGAAGGGCAACGACGACAACAAUAAGGAGAAGAUGAGCAUACGUUCGAUCGAGUCCGUGGGCGACCAGAGGCACAUCAAGCAGAUCAACAACAACCACAGCGCUGCCAAUAAAGUGCGGAAAGUCAGCGCCGUCCCUCGCGCCGCUAAUGGCCAGUUUACUUAUGCCUACCAGGAAAGCCUGCGGAAGGCGAGCCUGAGCCUACCCGGCUCACCGUUCAAUCUACGCCGCAGCAGCCGUGGCAGCCACCAGUUCACGAUACGCAACGGCCGCGGCCGAUGCUUCGUACCGCCGGGCGGCGACCGGAAGCCCCUCGUCCUGUCAACGUACCUGGACGCCCAGGAGCACCUGCCCUACGCCGACGACUCGAACGCGGUCACCCCGAUGUCCGAGGAGAACGGCACGAUCGUAGUACCGGUGUACUACGCGAAUCUCGGCUCGCGCCACUCGUCCUACACCUCGCACGCCUCGCGGCUCUCCUACACGUCUCACGGUGACCUGGCCUUCCCCGGCAUCCGCGGCAUCGGCAUCGACAGCAUCGGCAAGCAGAUCACCAAGCAAGAACAGAUCCUCAGGAAUAGAAAAACAGACAACAAACAGACGACACCGGCCAACGGCCACGUCACGGACACCAAUCAGAAAACUUAUCAUUUCGAAACUUCCGAUAUAGAAGAUACCAUGGGCAAGACCAAGCAACAAGACAAUCCGUUUAUCGAGCCGUCUCAGCAGCACACCGUGGUCGACAUGAAGGAUGUAAUGGUGCUGAACGACAUAAUCGAGCAGGCCGCCGGUCGCCAGAGCAAGACGCCGGAACAAGGAGUUUCGACCUAUUACUUUCCGACAGACGACGAUGAAGAACCUACAUUCAAGGACAAGUUAGUAGCAGCAUUAUAUCGUGGUAUCGACAUCUUUUGCGUCUGGGAUUGCUGCUGGCUUUGGCUCGAGUUUCAAAAGUACGUGUCACUGUUGGUCUUUGAUCCGUUCGUAGAACUCUUCAUUACACUCUGCAUCGUCGUCAAUACGCUCUUCAUGGCACUGGAUCAUCACGACAUGGACAAAGACAUGGAAAGAGUACUCAAAUCCGGCAAUUACUUCUUCACGGCGACGUUCGGUAUCGAAGCGACUAUGAAGCUGAUGGCGAUGAGCCCAAAAUAUUAUUUUCAAGAGGGCUGGAAUAUUUUCGAUUUUAUCAUCGUCGCUCUUUCGCUUUUGGAGUUGGGUCUCGAGGGCGUGCAAGGUCUGUCGGUAUUACGAUCUUUCAGAUUGCUGAGAGUGUUCAAACUGGCAAAAUCGUGGCCUACGUUGAAUUUGCUGAUCUCCAUCAUGGGCAGAACGGUGGGCGCGUUGGGUAAUCUAACGUUCGUGUUGUGCAUCAUCAUCUUCAUCUUCGCCGUGAUGGGUAUGCAGCUCUUCGGCAAGAAUUACGUCGACCACGUCGACUACUUCCCGGACGGUGAUCUACCCAGAUGGAACUUUACCGACUUCAUGCACUCGUUUAUGAUCGUUUUCCGAGUGUUGUGCGGAGAGUGGAUCGAGUCUAUGUGGGAUUGCAUGCUGGUCGGGGAUGUCUCUUGUAUACCAUUCUUCUUAGCUACCGUCGUCAUCGGUAACUUGGUCGUCCUGAAUCUCUUCUUAGCUCUGUUGCUCAGCAAUUUCGGCUCAUCAAAUCUGUCAGCCCCGACUGCGGACAACGACACGAACAAGAUCGCGGAGGCGAUCGAUCGAAUAGCGCGUUUCAUUAAGUGGAUCAAGCGAAAUAUCCUGAAUUUUUUGAAGUUGAUGCGAGCCAAACUCACCAAUCAGAUAUCCGAUCAGGCGCCAGGUGAGGGACCGUCCAACAGUUGGAAAGAAGAUGGGAUUGAUCGCGAUGGGGACCUAGAUCUUGCAGAUGGCGAGUUGGACGCAUACAGAGACAAGAAGAGCGCUAAAGAGCUUAAUCAGCUUGAAGUUGCUAUUGGCGACGGGAUGGAAUUUACUAUUCAUGGAGAUCUGAAGAACAAACUGAAGAGAAGCAAGCUGUGCAUGAACAACACGAAGGUUAUCGCGAAUUCAAUAAACCAUCACGAUUAUAGACUGGACAACGAUUAUAUUAAUCAGAACGAAGACGACACUAUCAGUAACAAAUCGUAUGGCAGUCACAAAAAUCGCGCAUUUAAGGACGAGAGUCACAAAGGCAGCAUGGAUUCGUUAAACGGCGAGGAGAAGAAAGACGCCAGUAAAGAAGAUUUGGAACAGGAGGAAGAAGACGUAGAAGACGAGGGUGAAGAAAGGGAAGAGCUCGACAUCGAGAUAAUACACGCGGACGAAGAUCCCAUUCAAUCGAGUUACCCGGCCGAUUGUUGUCCAGAAAAUUGCUACAAAAAAUUUCCAUUUUUGGCCGGCGACGACGACGCCCCGUUCUGGCAGGGCUGGGCGAACUUGAGAUUCAAGACCUUCCGGCUGAUCGAGAACAAAUACUUCGAGACUGCCGUCAUCACCAUGAUCCUUCUAAGUAGCUUGGCCUUGGCUUUGGAGGACGUUCAUCUUCAACAACGACCUGUCCUGCAAGACAUAUUGUAUUACAUGGACCGAAUAUUCACUGUGAUCUUCUUCAUCGAGAUGUUGAUCAAGUGGCUGGCUCUAGGAUUUAAAAAGUAUUUCACGAACGCCUGGUGCUGGCUCGAUUUUAUCAUCGUCAUGGUAUCGCUCAUUAACUUCGUAGCGUCGCUCGCUGGCGCUGGCGGGAUUCAAGCCUUCAAAACAAUGCGGACCCUAAGGGCCCUAAGGCCGCUCAGGGCGAUGUCUAGAAUGCAGGGGAUGCGGGUAGUCGUUAAUGCCUUGGUCCAAGCCAUUCCAUCCAUCUUCAACGUAUUGCUGGUAUGCCUUAUUUUCUGGCUUAUAUUCGCUAUCAUGGGGGUGCAGCUGUUUGCUGGCAAAUACUUUAAGUGUGUCGACGCGAACAAGACGACGCUCAGCUACGAGAUAAUACCGGAUCGUAACGCUUGCAACACCGAGAAUUACACGUGGGAAAAUUCGCCGAUGAAUUUCGACCACGUCGGGAAAGCGUACCUGUGCCUAUUCCAAGUGGCGACUUUCAAAGGCUGGAUCCAAAUCAUGAACGACGCGAUCGACUCUAGAGAGAUCAAUAAGCAACCGAUUCGUGAAACGAACAUUUACAUGUAUCUCUACUUCGUGUUUUUCAUUAUAUUUGGAUCGUUUUUUACCCUCAAUCUGUUUAUCGGAGUUAUCAUCGACAACUUUAACGAGCAAAAGAAAAAAGCCGGCGGAUCCCUUGAAAUGUUCAUGACGGAAGAUCAGAAGAAAUAUUACAAUGCCAUGAAGAAAAUGGGCAAUAAGAAGCCUCUGAAAGCUAUUCCUCGACCGAGGUGGCGGCCGCAGGCAAUAGUGUUCGAAAUAGUGACGGACAAAAAGUUCGAUAUGAUAAUCAUGCUGUUCAUCGGGCUGAACAUGCUCACGAUGACGUUGGACCAUUAUCAGCAGAGCGAUACGUUCAGCAAAGUUCUGGACUAUCUCAACAUGAUAUUCAUUGUGAUAUUCACCAGCGAGUGUCUCAUGAAGAUCUUCGCUCUUCGCUACCACUACUUCAAGGAGCCAUGGAAUCUCUUUGAUUUUGUUGUUGUUAUAUUGUCAAUAUUAGGUCUGGUGCUCAGCGACAUUAUUGAGAAAUAUUUCGUGUCACCGACUUUGCUUCGUGUAGUGAGAGUGGCAAAAGUCGGUCGUGUGCUUCGACUCGUGAAAGGUGCCAAGGGUAUCCGAACCCUUCUCUUCGCCCUGGCGAUGUCGUUGCCAGCCCUCUUCAACAUUUGCCUACUGCUGUUUUUGGUGAUGUUUAUCUUUGCGAUAUUCGGAAUGUCUUUCUUCAUGCACGUCAAAGACAAGAGCGGACUGGAUGACGUGUACAAUUUCAAGACAUUCGGGCAGUCAAUGAUACUGCUAUUUCAGAUGUCAACCUCGGCCGGUUGGGACAGUGUUCUCGACGGUAUAAUAAACGAGGAGGACUGCCAGGAGCCAAACAACGAGAUCGGCUACCCGGGCAACUGUGGAUCCUCGACAAUCGGGAUCGCAUACCUGCUCUCGUAUCUCGUGAUCAGCUUCCUAAUCGUCAUUAACAUGUACAUCGCUGUGAUCCUCGAGAAUUACUCGCAGGCCACCGAGGACGUGCAGGAGGGUCUGACGGACGACGACUACGACAUGUACUACGAGAUUUGGCAGCAGUUCGAUCCGGACGGCACGCAAUACAUCAGAUACGACCAACUGUCGGACUUCUUGGACGUAUUGGAGCCCCCGUUGCAGAUACACAAGCCCAACAAAUACAAGAUCGUGUCGAUGGAUAUCCCCAUAUGUAAGGGAGACCUUAUGUUUUGCGUGGAUAUUCUCGAUGCCCUCACUAAGGACUUUUUCGCGCGGAAGGGCAAUCCGAUCGAAGAGACGGGCGAUCUGGGCGAGGUCCAGGCCCGGCCCGACGAGGCCGGUUACGAGCCGGUCUCGUCCACUCUAUGGCGGCAACGCGAGGAGUAUUGCGCCCGUCUCAUACAGAACGCCUGGCGGAAGCACAAGCAGCAGCGUCUUGGCGGGCCAAGCGAGGAGAGCGACGAUCCGGACAUCGAUCUGUGCGUCCGGCAGACCCAGGUGCUCGUGGAGAGCGACGGCUACGUCACGAAGAACGGUCACCGCGUCGUCAUACACAGCCGAUCGAUGAGCAUCACUUCGAGAACCGCGGACGUCUGAUCGCCAUCGUCGUCGUCGCCGCCGCCGCCGCAGCAGCUACCAUCGUCGCUAUCGCCGCCACCGCCGCCGUCCGUGCGCCGCAAAUCGCUCCUCCGCACCAGCCACAGCAGGAGCAGGAGCAGCAGCAGCAGCAGUAGCAGCAGCAGCAGCAGCAUCGUCGACGACGAUGAUCACUCACCGUUAGCCGCUCACCCUGCUCGCGCGGAGUAGUGGCCGGGCGGGCACCUCGCGUGUGCUCUCCAUCGACAGCCUUAUAGUUGUAUAAAUAACAUUCCUCCAACGAGUUGCCUUUAAAUCGUCUUUAAAACGAGCCACGACCGUUGGGAGAGAGGGAGAGAGGCAGAGAGAGCAAGAGAGAGAAAGAGAGGCACGUCGCCAGUUAGAGAGACGAGCGUCCGUACGAGGUACACCAAGAGACUGCGAUUGCGACGCGAGAUCCAUCGGUUUCGGAGUCGAAAGUGUGUGCCACUUCUUGCCGAUGGCCGAUCCACCGGAUCCGCGGCUUUCGAAGAUUGGAAUCUUUCAUUUGUCGUGCCGUCCGGAAAGGAGAAGGCGCGAGAGCGCGACACGAACGGAACAAGAAGAAGGAAGAGAAGAGGCUGACGAGAAGAAGAA